AUGAAGAAGUGUGCUCUGAUAACAUUGAUAUUGAUAUAAAAGAAUUUGAUAGCAUAGCUGUUAUUCCUCCGCUUAGUGGGGGUUAGAAGAAAUAUAUAAAGAACAAAUCUAGCAUUAAGUUGAAUAUAAGCAAUGGAUCACUUGAAGCUAACAGUGGAUAAGUUGAGUGUGGAUGAAAUAACAGAAUUGGUUGUGCACGACAGUUGCGGUGCAGUAUCCCUGUUUGUAGGGACCACUAGAGAUAAUUUCGAGGGUAAAAAGGUAUUAAGGUUAGAAUAUGAGGCAUAUGAACCUAUGGCUUUAAAAGCUAUGAAGGGUAUCUGUGAGGAAGUGAGGACCAAGUGGCCAGUCGUCCAUGGCAUUGCUAUUUAUCAUAGGCUCGGCAACGUGCCCUGCCGCGAGGCGUCAGUAGUGAUAGCAGUAAGCAGUCCCCACAGGAGGGACUCGUUGGACGCAGUGGCCCAUUGCAUAGACAGCCUCAAAGCGAGCGUACCGAUUUGGAAAAAGGAGGUCUAUGAUGGCAGCGAACCGGUGUGGAAGGAGAAUGUCGAAUGUCCGGCGGUUAAAAAAGAAUAUACACCGAGCGUAGAAACAGACAAAAAUUUAGUUCAAGUCACUGUAUCGAAUGAGGAAAUACAAAAUCGCAUACAGAAUUUCAUUGAAAGAAAGAGGGCGCAAGUAAAUAAGAGUAAUAUACACGACUUUAUACCGGGCAUAGGUGAGAGUGAGAUGGAAGACACGGAGACGUGUGCUAGAGUGAGAACGCAGUUCGUGAAACGGAAAGACUCGAAAGGGCAUUUGAAGAUUCACAAAGUCUUCAACGAGUGGGGUCCCCAAACGGUCCCCACGCCCCCCUUGAUAGACUCCAAAUUGGACCUACUCCCCCCCUCUAUAUCUGAGCGCGUGCUGGCCAUAGAGUCGUACCUCCACACAACACCAGUAUCGAGGGACAUUUACCAACGGCUGAAGGAAAUGGAAGAUAAGAUUGCGUAUUUGCAAUCAGUUUCGCCGGAGUAUGCGCAGUUUUGGAAGAAAAGCAAGGAACCAGAUGAAAAGCAAGAGUUUUCAACUGACUACACGUACACAGCAGAAGACAUCGACAAGAAAAUUGAAUUACUAGAAAUGCAAGGAGUCAUGUAAUUAUGGCAUUCGUGUGGACUCUUAAAAUUAUUAAUUUUCUAAAAGAUUUGCUGAUGCAAAACAUAAAUUGUAUUUAUUAUACAAUUACUUAAAUUAGAUUUAAUUUAGAUAUAUUUCCACAUAUGUAAUGUAACCCUAUAUAUGCUUUAUAGAUUUCAAGGCCAUUGCCUUAUCUUAAUUUGGAUAAAAAUGAAAUUUAUUAUCAAUUACUUGACUCUGUAACUUUUGUAGUUUGUACCCUCGUAUCUUUUAAAUUACAUUCAAUCGACGUUCCGAAAAACGAAGAAGGUUCUCUAUUCAAUUGUAUUUCUUUUGUUUUUGUUAUAUUGAAAUGAAAUGAAGUUAUAUUGCAUGGGUUUUCAACCGAUCGACGUGAUCAUUUUUGUGUUUGGUAAUAUGUUGUCAUUUGGUCUAAUUUUAGAAUUUGUAGUGGCACUGCACUUCCCAGUAACGUCGGUGACCUUUGUCGUAAAUAAUAUAUAUUCUUUUGAACCAAAAUCGCUCCCAAUUAUUAAUGUUCAUAUUCUUGAUCUGUUUUUUUUUUAUGUCAUAGCGGGCAGCUGAGCUGGUGGUUCGCCUGAUGGUAAGCGAUCACCACCGCCCAUAAACAUUCGCAA